AUUAAUACCAAGUUCGGAACACACGACCCUUGAAUAAUCCCAAUCGACAGUAUUGAUCAAAUUCGACCCGACAAGCUACUUAGGAUCUGGCGGAAGAUAGACGAGCGGUUGCUACAAGAUACGAUAUGACUGCACAGUCGACAACGGUGACGGUCCGACAAAGCCCUCCGGUCCAGGAAUCGACCUCGAAAGAAGGCAGCCUUCUAAAUACCGAAGGCCAUCUAUUGGGAUCGAAUGAAGAUGCGACGGGAGGUCUUCCUGCCCCGACGAUGACAGCCGCAGUUGUGCAGAAAUGGAACCACCCGAGGUCGAAUCUCUUCAGAGUCUUGUCUUGUUUCUGGAGUCUCCUCGUCUCUGGGGCGAAUGAUGCCGCCUACGGUCGACUGACUUCAGACCAGGCUUUAAUUCCCUACCUGGAAAUCUACUACGACCUCACCUACGUCGUCGUCUCCCUCGUCUUCCUCUCCCCCUUCAUCGGCUACGUCCUCUCGGCCGUCCUCAACAACUACGUCCACCUGAAGCUCGGCCAGCGCGGCAUUGCCGUCAUCGCCUCCGCGUGCCACAUUGUCGCCUACAUCAUCAUAUCCCAGCACCCGCCCUACCCGGCGCUGGUUGCCGCCUUCGUCAUCGCCGGCUUCGGUAACGGCCUCAGCGACGCCGGGUGGAACGCGUACAUUGGCAACAUGGCCAGGGCGAACGAGGUCCUCGGGUUCUUGCACGCGUCGUAUGGCGUCGGCGGCGUGAUUGCCCCUUUGAUUGCCACGACCAUGAUUAACAAGGCCAAUUUGGGUUGGUGGAACUUUUACUACCUCAUGCUCGGCCUGGCCUGCAUCGAGCUCGUAUGGUGCACAGCAGCCUUCUGGACGCAAACCGGCGAAGUAUACCGCGAGCUGGUAAACCACUCCCGCAGCGACACCCCCGGAGGCGGCCUCCGCACCGCCCUCUUCAAACGCCCCUACGCCCGCGUCUCCUGGUUCUGCGCCCUCUUCCUCCUCGCCUACAUCGGCACAGAGGUCUCUCUCGGCGGCUGGAUCGUGCAGUUCAUGAUCCAGGUCCGCAAGGCCAACAACUUUGACUCGGGCAUGACCUCGGUCGGCUUCUGGCUCGGCAUCACCCUCGGCCGCGCGGUCCUCGGCUUCGUCACGUCCAAACUGGGCGUCAAGCUCGCCGUGUCGAUUUACAUCCCCAUCGCCAUGGCGCUCGAGCUUGUGUUUUGGCUCGUGCCGCAUUUCUACGUCUCUGCGGUGGCGGUUGUGCUCCAGGGGUUCUUUUUGGGUCCGUUUUUCCCUGCUGUCGUUGUUGCGGCGACGAAGUUGCUGCCGAGGAUUAGGCGUAAGCAGGAGUGA